GAUGUCAGAUGUUGUCUGUCUUUCUGCGAAAUUAUUUAUAAUUCGAAAGGGCUCCGCUUUUUCUGUAAAACGCUGUGAAAUAAUUUAAUUAAAUGAAGUGCGUUAAUUCCAAUAUCGAUAAAAUUCCGUAACUAUGCCGUAUGUUGGCUUACAAAAAUGUCGUCUUUUGAGAAAUUAAAACUACUAGUUUGGAAGAACUUUAUCCUGCAAAAAAGGCACAAAUGGCAAACCAUAUUCGAAAUUGCCUCUCCUGUGAUAUUUUCCAUGUUCUUAAUACUUAUAAGAUGCUUAGUGGAUCCAAAAUCAAAGCCUGCUGUAAACUAUUCAGAAUUCACACCAACUUACUUCAACUUAACUGGAACAGACUUAGGGAAUCUCACAACUAUAAAGAGGGAAGGUACAUUGGCCUUUUCACCAGAGAACCCUCUACUAAGAUUAGUGACUCAUGAAGCCAUGUCUACUGUGGCAGCAGACAACUUGGGCUUCUUGGCUUUCUUCUUAGACCCAUCAAUACUGCCUCCUCCCAAAGGAUAUGCAAAUGCUAAAGAGUUGGAACAUGCCCUCACUCAACCUGAUGCUAUGAAAACCACUCUAGUUGGAAUACAGUUUGAUGAUGAUUUAUUAAAUAUAACAGAACUUCCAGACCACAUAACAGUUACACUGAGAUUUCCAGCUGUGAUGAGGCAACCUAUGUUAGAGCACCCUAUUAGGGCCAGUUGGAGGACAAACUUACUAUUUCCACUCUUCCCCCGACCGGGCCCCCGCGCCCCUCAAGACAAAUACGGCGGGAAAAUGCCAGGCUAUACUCCUGAAUUGUUUCUGGCGAUACAGCAUGCACUCUCAAGGGAAAUAAUAAAGUCAAAGACGGGCACAUCUGAACCGAAAAUCUUACUCCAACGAAUGCCACAACUGCCUUACAGAGAGGACGAUUUACUAAUCGCCUUAGAGAGAUUCAUUUCGAUGAUAAUCAUGUUAGCGUUCGCCUAUACAUUUGUGAAUACCGUCCGAAUGGUCACUGCCGAGAAAGAAUUGCAACUAAAGGAAACUAUGACAAUAAUGGGACUUCCAUCAUGGCUACAUUGGCUCGCGUGGUUUAUUAAACAAUUUUCUUUCCUGCUCGUCUCUGUUGUCCUCAUGGUUUUACUAUUCAAGAUUCCAUUCAACAGGACGGAGUCUGGCGAAGGAUAUGCAGUGCUAACGUUCGUGCCCUGGUCCGUACUCAUGUUCUUCUUGAUGCUCUACAUGAUAGCGUCGCUAACAUUCUCAUUUAUGAUCAGCGUAUUCUUCUCCCGAGCAAACACUGCCGCUUCAUUCAUGGGUUUGGCUUGGCUCACUACGUAUUCAUUUUACAUGAUGACACAAGUAUUGUACGAGGACAUCAGUACAACAUCCAAGGUCAUACUCAGCUUUAUAUCGAAUACAGCGAUGGGAUACGCGUUUCAGAUGAUGGUCAUAUCUGAAGGAACUUCUAAAGGUUUACAAUGGGGCGAUUUCUUCAAGCCAAUAUCUUACCACGAUCCCUUCCAGCCCGGCCAUGUUGCUCUCAUAUUGAUAUUCGACGCCAUAUUGUACAUGUUGAUAGCGAUGUAUAUAGAGAAGAUAAGGCCGGGCAUGUAUGGGGUUCCUUUGCCCUGGUACUUCCCUUUCACUAAGAGCUACUGGAGACCCGACAAGAGUAAAUUAGCAGAAAGGACAAAAGACGUACGAGAUUUAGAGUACAAUGAUGCCUUACUGAAGGUUGUUCACGAUGAAGAACCAAAAGGCGUCCGAAUGGGCGUUAAUAUAAAGAAUCUCACAAAAGUAUUUAGAGGGCGGAAAAAAGCUGUAGAUAAUUUAAAUCUUAGAAUGUAUGAAAAUGAAAUCACAGUAUUACUAGGCCAUAACGGUGCUGGGAAAACAACCACUAUAUCUAUGAUGACAGGAAUGGUACCCCCUACCUCAGGGUCGGCUUCUAUCAAUGGGUACGACAUAGUUACGGAAACAGAACUCGCCCGCAAAUCCAUAGGGAUCUGCCCGCAACACAACGUGUUAUUCCCAGACCUUACAGUCGGGGAACACAUCAUAUUCUACUCGAGACUAAAAGGAGUUCCAAAGACAAAAAUCAAAGAUGAAGUCGAUCAUUUUGUAAAGUUGUUGGAGUUAGAAGAUAAGAGAGAUACGUUAUCUAGUAAUCUAUCGGGUGGGCAGAAGCGGCGGUUGUCAGUAGGGGCGGCUAUGUGCGGGUCGUCUCGCGUCGUGUUGUUAGACGAGCCCACAUCAGGACUUGACCCUGCCGCGAGAAGGUCGCUGUGGGACUUGCUGCAGAAAGAAAAGAAAGGUCGCACGAUGGUUUUGACGACGCACUUCAUGGAUGAAGCUGACGUACUUGGUGACCGCAUAGCUAUCAUGGCUGGUGGGAGGCUGCAGUGUAUCGGCACCCCCUACUUUCUCAAGAAACAUUACGGAACUGGGUAUAAACUCACAAUAGUCAAAGGCGAUAACUGUGACGUUGACCAAGUCACGCAGUUCUUCAAAAAGUACGUUCCCGAUAUCAAAGAGAAUACGAAUAUAGGGUCGGAACUUACGUACAUCCUUACAACUGAACAUGUUGCAAAAUUCCCGGACAUGCUGAAAGAGUUUGAAAACGUAAAGGAUGCGUUACUUGUUUCUAGUUAUGGACUUUCGGUUACUAGUCUUGAAGAGGUGUUUAUGAAGGCCGGAGCGGAAGAAUUCGCCGAUGCAGAGAUUACACCUAAGAAAAAUAUGGGAAACAGUAACAAACAGGUUGUUAUGCAAGUGAAUGUAAUAAACGUGAACCCGCAUUCCGCCGAUGCUACUCGAGCUAACUUAGUCAACAGCACCACCCGCCACGACGUCGCUAUCAUGCCUGUUAAUGGAAAUCAUAGAAACGGAGCCGAUAUCGAUUUUUCAGAGAUACAGAAAGUAAAAGGGUUCAAACUACUAAGAAACCACAUUAAGGCCAUGUUUCUGAAGCUCGCGUAUAGUUCUAUGAGGAGUAAACUAGUAGCGCUCAUACAAUGCAUAGCUCCCAUCAUCAAUAUAACGAUAUCAGUCUUAGUAGCGAGGUCUUGGAAGUUUAUGUCAGAACUACCCCCACUGAAACUCAGCCUUGAAAGUGGCUUCAAGAAAACAGAAACCCUCAUGUCUCAAGAUACCGGGUUAAAGGAUGGCACUCUGGAAGCCAAAGCAAUGAUGGCUUACAAAGACUAUUUCAAAUCCACAACUUACCCAAAUAUGCAGUUAACUGAUAUCGGAACUAUGAAUCUUGGGAAGUUUUAUUUGAAACUGUCCGAAGAAGACUUGUCUCGAGUUCGCUACGAAGCGCUGGUGGGCGCUACGUUCGCUCCAGAUAACAUAACUGCCUGGUUCAGUAACUACGGCUAUCAUGAUUCUGCUAUCUCGCUCUCUCUCGUUAACGACGCUGUGUACCGAGCUUUAGUACCAAAGGGCUCCUUAAACUUCGUUAAUUAUCCACUGCCAUACUCUAUCGAGCAUUUGGUUAAAGUAAUGGCUUCAGGAAGUAGCAUGGGAUUCCAGUUUGCCUUCAACAUUGGAUUUUGUAUGGCAUUUGUAACAGCCUUCAUUGUCCUUUUUGUAGUCAAGGAGCGCACGAGUGGCGCGAAGCUUCUCCAGCGCGUGUCAGGAGUGCGACCGGUCGUGAUGUGGACUUGCGCCUACCUCUGGGACUGGCUGUGGCUCGGGUUCAUAUACCUGAUAAUAGUGUUCACGCUCGCCUGCUUCCAAGAGAGCUCGCUAUCUACGCCUGCUGAGCUGGCUAGGGUGUUCCUGGUACUGAUAAUGUUUUCGAUAGCGGCCAUCCCGCAGCACUACUUGGCUUCGUUCUUUUUCGACACCCCCGCUUCGGGAUUUUCCAAAAUGUGCUUCAUCAACAUGUUCCUAGGUUGCAUGCCGUUCCUUAUAAUAGAAGUACUGCGGCUACCAGAAGUGGGUAGUCCGUUUUAUGCGAAUAUAUUUGAUUGGGUAUUCUCCCCGCUGCCCAUAUACUGCUUGAGCCGAAGUUUUAGAGACAUGAGCGUGUCUUCAUUCUCGUUAUUAGCCUGCGAUGCACUUUGUACGCAGUUCGAUGGCAUUAAGAAUUGUACAAGGCAACUAAUCUGCGAGAGACUACGCGUCCCCGUGUGUUGUAUCGACGACGACCCAUUUCUGAAGUGGAGCGACCCGGGAAUUGGCCGGUAUUUGUUUAUGAUGGGCAUAGUCGGAAUUAUAUGCUUCACCAUCUUGCUUCUUAAAGAGUACGGUGUCUUUAAACUGUUGGAAUCAAAAAUAAUGGGCAGACGAAGAUUACAUCUUAUUCCGCCAGUACCGACCGCCGGGGACAGUGACGUGGCACAGGAACGACGGAACGUGGAGGCCAUGACGCGAACUGAGCGAGCACAGCAAAGCCUCUACUGCAAAGACCUCACUAAGUACUACAAGGAUUUCCUUGCAGUCAACAGACUUUCGUUCGCGGUCCGUCGCGGCGAAUGCUUCGGUCUACUAGGCGUGAACGGUGCAGGCAAGACGUCCGCAUUCCGCAUGCUGACAGGCGACACAACUAUCUCCGCCGGCGACGCGCACGUGCACGGACACUCCGUGCGCACGCACGUGCGAGACGUGUACCGCCAUAUCGGCUACUGUCCGCAGUUCGACGCGCUGCUAGACAACUUGACCGCGCGCGAGACGCUGCGCAUCUUCUGCCUGCUGCGCGGCAUACCGGCGCGGGAGGGGGCUGCGCGAGCGCACCAGCUCGCCACCUCGCUCGGGUUUAUCAAGCAUUAUGACAAGAAGGUUUACGAAUGCAGUGGUGGAACAAAGAGAAAGAUCAGUACAGCAGUUGCGUUGCUAGGAGAUGCGCCUUUAAUUUACCUGGAUGAGCCUACUACAGGCAUGGACCCAGCGUCGAAGCGUCUCGUGUGGUCGUCAAUCAGCAAGGCCGUGAGCUCCGGGCGCAGCGUAGUGCUGACGUCACACAGUAUGGAGGAGUGCGAGGCUCUGUGCUCGCGGCUCACCGUCAUGGUGCGAGGCCAACUCUACUGCCUCGGCCCGCUGCAGCAUCUCAAGAGCAAAUACUCGCAAGGAUACACCCUCGUGGUCAAAUGUAAACCGGAGCCAAACAGAGAAGAUAAUGUGGCCACUGUUAAUCAGUUUAUCACGGAGAAUUUCCCUUCAUCGAGACUUGUAGAAUCGUACCUGGGCAUCAGCACAUACUAUCUGAACGACGACAGCCUGCCCUGGUGGCGAGUGUUCGCCGUCAUGCAAGAAGCGCGGGAGAAUCUACCCAUAGAAGACUACUCCGUGUCGCAAACAACCCUGGAGCAGGUAUUCCUCCGAUUCACAAGGAGUAACGCGGAAAACGAAUCUAAGGUUUGAUUUAUAAAUAAUUUAAGUACAAAGUCCCCAAGACGCUCCCAUAGCUGCUGAUGAAGCGACUUAUGAAAGUGAUAUAGGGAUAUAUCGCACGAAUCCGUGUUGAUGUCGCUCGUAGUCUCCAAGACAGAGUGCAUCUCGUUCAUUUGUUUACUUAAAAGAAACAUCUAUCAACAAUUUUCAUCGUUGAGCAAGUAAAAAAAAUCGCUAAACUUAUAUAUUUCGAAGACUAAACGAUAGUGAAUCUAGCCUCCCAAGUAAGGAGGCCAGCAGGCCCAGUGGGGAUUAUUUGAUACUCGUAUUUAUUUGUCACAACUUGUAGAAGUUAAGAGAAUUUAUUUGGUUUAGUUAAAUAUUUUAUUGAUCGGGUCUCGUAAGAAUCUGCUUGAACUUACUCAAGUUAAAAAGUAAGUACUUACAUACAUCUGAAAAAAGUAUACUGAAAUUCCAUAGAUGAUACCUUAAAGCGUCUAUUUCUACAAUUGUUAUUGUUCUUUAUCAAUCUUUCGCAUUUCAUGGCCACCGUGGUCAGAAAUAUUUCUUUAAAAUUCGAGAAGCAAGCAACAUGCAUAUUUUUUCAUCACUUGAAAACUAAAUGCAAGUAACAUGUAUACUUAAUUUACGAAUCUCAUUUUAUUCAGAAUGUUUACUUAAUAUAUCUUCAGCGUAAUACAGGGUGCUAAUACCCUGUAUAUCAGCUCAGUACACAAUAUUUUACACCUACUCACUUACGUACCUCUAUUAUACAAACAUUGAAUCUUUACUAAAAUAAACGUUUUGACCCAUUUUUUUAAUAAAGAAAUCUUAUAUGGGUAAUUAGGUACUUAUAUCCACUGGCAUAACAAAACAAUACAUGGAUUCUGGCGAACUUGAGACUAACCUAAAAAAUAUCUCAUUUAUUUUAAAAGGCUUAAAAGGCUACUUAUAUGCAAUUUAUUUAAAAAGCAAUAUUUCAAUUUGACAUUUGCGCAUAUAAAAGCGAAUGCGCAAUGUCAAGAAAUGUCAAAUAGCAAUAUUGCUUUUUUAGAUAAAUUGCUUUUCCCAGUUCUGCCAAAGAAUACGCCAGUGUACACAAAUAUGGUAGAUCAUUUAGAAUCGAAUAUUAAUAAAAAUAAUUGAGUGUUCAGUAUUUUGUAACGUGUUAAAUGUUUAGCCGUCUAUUGUAAUACAGUACUGUUGAUGUUGUUAUCGCCUUUAUACUGUCCUCGCUUUAGAUUAUUUAGAAUCUCGUAUGAAGUAUUAAAAUCCAAAACCACACCUCAGAUAUAUUCUAGACUUAAUUUACAGUAAUCUACUAGAGGUACAUUAAGACUGAAUUAUAAUGUACCAAUAAUAUUAAAUCGUGUAGAAUUAUUGUGUUGAUACUCGUAUACGUAGGUAUUUAUCAAUGGAUAGAAAAAUCUCAAAAUACUAUUAUACAUAUUUUUUUUAUUUCAAUGCAACAUGAUUUUCAGUAUUCAGAAGGAGUAUGCCUAUCCUACUUUGAAGUUUGCUUACUGUAUCAUACAGACUGAAACAAUUUACCUAAUUAAAGAAUGAGGUUGGGUUAGGAUUUUCGACUGCACAUUUACUUAUAAAACACCACAUUUCUUUAGUUCGCCGGAAAUAUAGGGAAAUUGAAAACGUUCAUCAAAUUAGGUGAGUUUUUACAAAUGCAACCUACUGACCAACGGAGUGCCGAUACUGCUGGUAAAUAACGACCUCAGUGGUGCAGUUGUUGACUUCACGGUUUCCGAACCGUGAAGCCGGAAUUCAUCACAGGACCCCCAGGUCCUGGGAUCAAUUCCGGGUGGGGAGACGUCUAAAAAAAAUACUUUGUAAUCCUGUCGCUAGUUUGGCGUUAACAUUGCAACUUGAAAUCACCUUGUUGUCCGAAAAAUAAGAUUCCGUUCUUCGGAAACCACGUUAAGCCAUUGGCCCCGGCUAAUACCUUCUGAUGCAAAUACGUAGUCGUUACAUGAGCCAUGUCAGGGGCCUUUAGCGGCACAAUAAUAACCCUGACGCCCGGGUUGCUGAGGUUUGUUAUGCACCUUACAACCCAAACGAUAGAAUAAUUAAGCGGCAAUGCAACGAGUGUCACAUUUACAAUAAUAAAACAAAUCGAAGGCGAAUCAGCCAGAAAAGGACAGACCAGUAGGUACUCAGACAAGAAGUCAUAUUGUAACUUAUUUUUAUGAGCAGAAUUUUCCCUGGCGAAGUUGUGGUUUGAUAUUUUAGGUUAGGUUAGUUAAAACUUAUUUUUUGAUACCAAUUUGAUUCUGUUGCACACUGAACCCAGGUUUGGGCAUACUCCUUAUCAAUCCGACUCUAUACACUUGUUUAUGUACAAGUGAUUUCGAGUUUUAUUCGUAAAUUUUUAAGAUAUUUUUGUUUCAGUGAUUUUUAGAUGGCUACUUAUUACGUCAAAAUAAAAACGUUAUAAAUUUAAUAAUAAAUGUACUUAAACAUAAUUAGCAAAAUGGUGCUUGGACUAUAUUGUGGAAUGCUUCGUGUAAGUAGGAAUAUUGAUUCUUGUCGGGCUCGGAUCUGCUUUCCGAUCUCUUGCAUUAUUAGUUUUAGUUACUUUGUUCAUUCGGUGCUUUAUUUAUUUCUGUGAUGCUUAUUGUUAAUACGCUUAAAGUGAAAAAUAACUUAAAUAAACAGUUCAACAUUAGCCACACUCACGACUAUAUUAAUUCUCAAUUGGAGUAGUCAGAGGUGAAUCAAUUGGAGGAUUAACUAAGUGCCUCACCGAGCUCUAAAACACCAAAAUGAUAAUAUAAUUAAAAGUUAUUUUAUGGUCUGUGUUAUUUAUUAUGCCAUAUUGUUUGCCAUUUUUAUUAUUUAAAUUAAUUAAAGUACAAAUAAAUGGAUUUGUAAUCCACCCUACAAAUUAUUACAUUAGCUGUGAGUUCAAAACUUACUUAGUUAUUUCUGGCAAUACCUACUAAUAAGCUUAUAAAAUGUUUGUAGAAUGCAACUUACCAUUAAAUUGGUAAAUCAAAUAAAUGUUCGUUUUACAUACUUAAUUUAAAUUUAUUCUUUGUGUGAUAUAAUGUGAUGUAUUUUUAUUACAAGUCAUGAAUUAUCGUAAUCGCAUAUUUUCUCUGUUGUUAAGUUGUAUACAAUUCAGGGAACUGAUUGCCGAGUAUGCGCUAUCGAAUUCAACAUUUACUGUUAGCUUGUAUAUUAUUACGGCGAUUUUAUAAGAAUUUGGUAACUGUUGCGGAUGGAUUUGGUUACCAUACAAAAUUAUAAAUCCAAAAACAUUAUUUAUUAGUUGUUAUUAACAGUGCUUUUGUGUGUGCGCGGACACGCACGUAAAUAUCUACCAAGUAAAUGACGGGUUCUAAAAAGUUGAUUCAAUUAAUUAGAUUAUCUUUGUUUGUAAUUGACACAAAUCAUAGGUAGAUUUACUGUUGUUAACAAAUUUUUCUCUUGUAUUUUUAAUAUGGCUAAAAAUGGAAGCAUUGACGCUUAUUGUAUUUCUGUUCGCAUUUCAAAUAAACCUCGAAAACAUUUAUUUUUAAAUGUAACUGCAACAAUUAUGAGUCUUUUUUUAUUGCAUGUAACCGACUAUUUUACUGUUGUUAACAAAUUUUUCUCUUGUAUUUUUAAUAUGGCUAAAAAUGGAAGCAUUGACGCUUAUUGUAUUUCUGUUCGCAUUUCAAAUAAACCUCGAAAACAUUUAUUUUUAAAUGUAACUGCAACAAUUAUGAGUCUUUUUUUAUUGCAUGUAACCGACUAUGUGGCACUGACAGAAUACCUCUCUCAAUACGAUUAUUUUUUAAUACUUACAAUACUUGUUAUUAUAUUCUAUGUACGUAUUUUGUAAGAACGGUGUUUGUAUGUAUGUAGUGUUUAUAGGAUUUUUAAUAAAAUAAUCAUAUUUUAUCAAAA